GUCGCUAUCGAAUGUCAUUUACGUCAGUUUGAUACUCGGCGCCGACUGAUUCUGGAAGAUUGACACGCUUCCAGUUUAUAUUAUAAGAUCAGCAAGUGAAAUUUAUCAAAUCUUACUUUAAGCUAUUUAUUAUCAGUGAAAAUACACGUAAAGGCUUUUAAAAAACGUAACAAUGAGUACUAUAUUAGAAAAAAUCGCAGCAAUAGAGGCCGAGAUGGCCCGAACACAAAAAAAUAAAGCAACUGCUCUCCAUUUGGGAUUACUAAAAGCGCGAUUGGCUAAGCUAAGACGUGAAUUAAUUACACCCAAAGGUGGCGGCGGUGCCACUGGUGAAGGUUUCGAUGUUGCUAAAACUGGAGAUGCACGUAUUGGAUUUGUCGGGUUUCCAUCUGUGGGCAAAUCAACUCUGUUAUCCAAUUUAGCAGGAGUUUACUCUGAAGUAGCAGCGUAUGAGUUCACAACGCUGACUACCGUGCCUGGAUGCAUUAAAUAUAAGGGUGCUAAAAUACAGUUGCUUGAUUUGCCUGGAAUUAUUGAAGGAGCCAAGGACGGCAAGGGUCGUGGUCGUCAAGUCAUAGCUGUGGCCCGAACAUGUAGUCUUGUCUUCAUCGUCCUGGAUGUAUUGAAGCCGUUGCAGCAUAAGAAACUAUUGGAACACGAGUUAGAAGGUUUCGGAUUGCGGUUAAACAAGCAACCUCCGAACAUAAAUUUUAGAAAAAAAGAUAAAGGAGGAAUCAAUUUGAACAUUACUUGCCCACAAUCUGAAUUGGAUCAAGAAACAGUUAAAACUAUUCUCUCCGAGUACAAGAUACAUAAUGCAGAUAUAACUCUCCGAUAUGAUGCCACUAGCGACGAUUUGAUCGAUGUCAUUGAAGGCAACAGGAUAUAUGUACCUUGCAUUUAUCUGCUUAACAAGAUUGAUCAAAUAAGUAUAGAAGAAUUAGAUGUCAUUUACAAGAUUCCUCACUGCGUACCAAUCUCUGCUCACCAUAAAUGGAAUUUUGAUGAUUUGUUGGAAAAAAUGUGGGAAUACUUGAAACUUAUUAGAAUAUACACUAAACCUAAAGGACAACUGCCUGACUAUAAUGCACCGGUUGUUUUGCAUGCAGAUAGGACAUCCAUCGAGGAUUUCUGUAACAAACUUCAUAGAUCAAUUGUAAAAGAAUUUAAAUAUGCCUUAGUCUGGGGAUCGUCCGUAAAACAUCAACCGCAGAAAGUAGGAAUAGAGCAUGUACUAGCAGAUGAAGAUGUGGUUCAAAUUGUUAAGAAAGUCUAAUAAACAAGAUAUAUAUAUUUUCAAAGAUUGACAGUGAAAUGAAAUAUAUUUUGAAUCCUAAAGUUGUUAAAAAUAUAAAUAUAUGCUCAAUAAUACAGAAGUUACUAUAUAUCAAUAUCAACCACGAACAAGUAAUAAAUUUCUGUUGUCUGCAAGAAAUGUUUUUAUAGUUAUGUUAGAAACAAAAAUUUCAA